CAGACAUGCAGGGCGCGAGACCGCGCGACGCUUUCAGUCACCGCCCGAUUCUCGGCGCGCACGGUCUCGGAGCGGGUGUUUCUCUAUCGUAGAAAUAGAAUCGGGGAAUCAUUUUAAAUGGAAGUCCCUCGAGGGAUGUGAAAAUCGAUGUGAUCGACGUACAGAGGUGCACGAAAAUCGGACGAAAGUAGACGAAAGUGGUGGGCGCGAUUCUAUUGGAGAAAUCAGUGAUGAUAAAAGGCUGAGUGCGCGGUAUAUUGCGAUAUUGAGACCUCGUGAAAUUAACUUGCGAAAGGUGUGAAAUGAGAAUCGCACGACAGUUACAAUUAAAUCUUGCUAUUGUGCGCAGAUGGAAACGUGAAAACGUGAUCUCGCUCGAAUCGAGAAAGGGAACCGGGGCCAAUCGGAAUGCGAGUACUCGUUAAUCUCGGCGUUAUAAUUUUACAAGCGUUCGUAAUCCUCUCUUUGCUUUGAUUUUAACUGGUUUUAAUCAGGACGGUAUCAAUUCGUCAAAGGCCUACACAUCGAUCAUGUAAUCGCGAAGUGGAGUAGCAACAGCGAGAAACUAAAUCAGAAGUCGUGCGGGUGUGUUUCAGGAUUAAGUGGUGCGAGAAAAACGACUUUUUCCACUCGGUGAUUUUUAAUUAUUUAGGAACUUUUAGUGCGUCCAUAGAUGUGUAAUGUGAAUACACGAACAAACAACUCUAACUUCGUUCUCGGAUUUCUCGCGGCAAAAUGAGGGCUUUCGAGCAUCUUUACCAGAUUAAGAGCAGUUAGGUGCUGCUUCGGACCGACAACGAAUGAAUAAUUCGACACGUGCCGUCUGGGCGCUCGAGCGGCUUUACUCAUUUUCUUGAGCUACUCGGCAUCAGGUUGAUUCUCGUCGCCCGCGACGAGAUUUAUGAGACCUCACCCCCGCGAGCUCCCAGACAUUUUGAGAACUACGCUUUCUUAGACGUAAAUUGAAAUAUUGACUCCUGAUUUCAUCUAUUGCAAGUCUAUUCAAGAUUAUUAUGACAAGACGACCACAUUCAUCUCUGCAUCAAGAAACGCGAUGACUGCCAGAAAUUUUUGGAGACAACGGCAUUUAAUUGAGGGAAGAUGAACGAGAUGGAGCAGAUUCCUGAGGGCUGAGAUCGUGUAGAUCCUCGAGAUGACCGGUUGGAGAAUGCAGCCGACCGCCUUAGUGCUCGGCGUCAUCGCCAUUAUCUCCGUCAUGAUUACUGUCACUGUGUCAGAAGCGGAGAACGGCGCCAUCGAGCAUGGCGUUAAUCAUCUCGACGAAGAAGAUCAACGCUUCGACGAGAGAAUCGCGAAGAAUCGUACUGUCGAAACCGCUGGCUGGUCUCGCGGCAACGACACAAUAGCCCUCGAGGAAGUCAUUUCCGCUUUUACGAUUGACUACUCGAGCUCAACGAGGGACUCACCCUCGCUCAUUACCGUGAUAAAUACCCGUUUCGAGAACGCGUCGAACAAAUACGUAGCAGACGAUCACAUGAUAUUCGCCUCGAAGAGGAUCGAGGAUUCAGAACAGGCGGAGGAGGCGUUGGCGAAGAAGUUGGAGCACGAAGACGUCCGAAGGACGAACGAGUCCACGAUGGAAAAGUCUAAGGACGACUGGUCGACGAUGAUAUCGAUGGAAAGGGAGGAAGACGUCACGGAAGUGAGGUAUGGCGAGCAGAGAAAUAUACAAGACAUCAGAGCGAUCUCGUUUCAAGUACCACCGCCAGACGAGAAGGGGGAAGAUUAUCAGAACAGUCGACACGAGAAGACCAGCAUUGGUCACAUAAACGAAACGAAGAAGCUCGGCGAGACGAGGAAGAAUCAGUCCAAACCGGCAAAUAAUUUGUUACUGACCGGCAAAUCGACGAAGGCGUUCUACGAGAUUAAACCGUCGAUCAGGACACUCGAAACGGAACGAGGACGUGAUCAUCAGUUCCAGACGACUACUCACAGAACGUUGCCGGGGAUAAAGUUCGUCGACAGCGCCUUCGGGAAAUUCGGCCCAUAUUUUGAAGAUGGCGACCGGGAGAUAAAUGUCACCGCGAGAAUCGGCAAUACCGUUUUAUUGGAUUGCAAAAUCGGCAUGCUGGGUAAUCGACAGGUGACAUGGAUACAGAUUAAUAAGGAUUCUUUUCGUCUAUUGACAGUGGGCUUAACGCCAUAUAGCAAUGAUCAAAGGAUCAGUCUUCAUUAUCGAUAUCCCAGCAAUUGGAGACUACAGAUAUUAUACGCGAACCCGCGCGACUCGGGUUUGUAUCAGUGCCAAGUCGCCACACAUCCGCCGUUGGUUAAGAAAAUCAACGUCAUUGUUACGGCGCCAACUCUGACGAUCAGCGACGAUUCGGGACGUAUAGUUUCCAAGGAAAGGCAUCUGAAGGCUGGCAGUGUCCUCAGACUCAGGUGUGAGGCAAGAGACGUGCUCGAGUCGCUGAACGAAUCUGUCGUUUGGACUAGAGGAGACGAGACGCUCACGGAGGAUAUUAGCGAGAAUAGAACGACAGAGAUCUCGGCGGGCAAGGAGGUCCUUGUGAUCGUCAGUACCCUCAUCGUGGAGAAAGCCAGCCCCAGGCACGCCGGGAACUAUAGUUGCAUGGUGCCGGGUAAAGCCAGGACCACCGUCGCGGUCCACGUUCUCAACGGAGAACUGCCAGCCGCUGUGCACGACGGGAACGGAGUUUCGAGAGCGUUCCUUAAUCUUUGGCUGGUUCACUUGACGAUGAGCUAUGUCUUUACCAGAUGACAGUAUUAAGAUUACUUUAAUAACUUCUGGAUUCUCAAUCCGAAUGCAUUCACAGAGCAUGGGUUGCAGUAGACAUCGACAGACAGGUGUACAAAUGCGAGGAUGCAACUCUGUUUCACUGAGAUUACGUAUCAUCAUCUUGAUUAGUGACGAGUCAGUGUGUAUUGCGUGAUUCUUUUUUUGAUAAUAUUGAACAAUAAUUAAUGAAGUUUUGCGUCGCAACAUUAGUGAUGCAUGACACACAUUUCCGUGUACGUACGUCAUUUCGAAAAGCUUGAAAAUUGAAAACUCGUGUGACAAUUUCGGCAUAAAUUGAAAAAAAUGAAUAAAAAUCAAAGCAAGACGCUCUCAAGGAGUUCGAAAAGUUGGUGAAUAGAAGAUUCUUCAUCGAGAUAAAAAUUUACUAAAGUGGGCCACUAGUGUACAGAUUAUUAAUUUACUUUCAUUGAGAUAAAUCGAGAAAAACUUUUCGCGAAGACUUCGUCUUUUGCUCAUCGCUGCCUGAUGGUGAAGAAUAUCCGCUUGUCGAUAAGACAAGACAGAUUCUGUGAUGGUGGAGCCAAUGACAAGUUGUACAGUAUAAGUUCCUGCAGAACUUUAUCUACCAGAAGAGGAGCAUCUUCUUUCGAAGCAAAUUUUUAUUUCCGCGGAAGCUAUGACGUCAUACCAUUGAG